GUCAAAAACAAAAAGAAGACUUAUUUGACACAUUUCCCUUAAUUUUCUCUUGAGAGUAGGUCAAGUUAUGGUGUGGUUUUUUGGACUCUUUUGUGGUCGAGAGGAAGAGAAGCAAGUGAAAGAUGAAGAGCAGGGAUUCGAAGGUGGUGGCGUGGCAACUGUUGAGACGCACUCUCUCUACACCAAAUCCCCCACUCCAUUCAAUUCUUCCCCUUACCCGUAUCCUCCUCCGUUACCAUAUGCUUCCACAAAUACACUCACUUCACUCUUUCCUUCUAUCUCUCUCCCCUCAUCUUACUUGUCAAUACACCAUUGUCAAACUCCUAGCUUCUCAUGGCCACAUUCACGACGCCAUUUUUCUCUUUCGUUCUACUCGCUCACAUCACCCACCGCCCAGACUCUCACUCUACAAUUUUCUUAUAUAUAAAUCUUUCAAAUUUAAUUACUCCAAUUUUAUCUCCUGGUUGUAUCAAGACAUGAUUUCUGCUUCUGUUUCCCCUGUAACUUAUACCUUUAAUCUUCUCAUUCAUGGACUCUGUAAUUCCGAUCGCUUACGAGAUGCCCGCCACCUGUUUGAUCUUAUGCCUCACAAAGGGUGUCACCCCAAUCACUUCACUUUUGGGAUUUUGAUUCGUGCUUAUUGCAAAUUUGGACUUUCAUUACAAGGUUUAAAACUUUUGGAUACAAUGAAGAUGAUGAAUGUUUGUCCUAAUAUCAUAAUCUACAACACUCUCGUAGCAAGUUUCUGCAGGAAAGGCGAUGUUGAUGAGGCUGAGAGGUUGGUUCAGAGGAUGAGGGACGAUGGCCUACUUCCUGAUGUUGUUACCUUCAAUUCUAGGAUCUCAGCUCUUUGCAACUCCGGCAAGAUUCUUGAAGCUUCCAGAAUUUUCAGAGAUAUGCAAAUAGAUGAGGUAUUCGGAUUGCCAAGGCCUAAUAUUGUAACUUUCAAUUUGAUGUUGCAGGGAUUUUGUCAGAAAGGGAUGCUCGAAGAAGCAAGGACACUGACAGAAUCUAUGAAGAAAGAUGAUAUUUUCUUCAAUGUGCAGAGCUACAAUAUCUGGUUAUGUGGACUAGUUAGGAAUGGAAAGCUCUUGGAGGCUCAAACAGUUCUGAAAGAAAUGCCCCAAAAUGGAGUAGAUCCCACCAUAUAUUCAUAUAACAUCCUGAUUCAUGGCCUCUGCAAGCAUGGGAUGCUUGGUGAUGCCAAAAUGUUGAUGAGCUUAAUGAUAAAUGAUGGUAUAUUCCCAGAUACAGUUACCUAUAGCACUCUACUCCAUGGCUACUGCACAAAAAGUGAAGUGACUGAGGCAAAGAAUAUUCUGCGUGAGAUGAUGAAGAGAGGAUGCAUUCCUAAUAAAUACACUUGUAAUACUCUACUUCAUAGCAUGUGGAAAGAAGGAAAAGUGUCAGAGGCACAACAGUUACUGCAGAAGAUGAAUGAGAGAGGUUAUGGCCUGGAUACUGUGAGCUGCAACAUCGUGAUUCAUGGUCUUUGCCAAAUUGGAGAGGUGGACAAAGCUGUUGAAAUUGUGAGUGAAAUGUGGAGUCAUGGAAGUAUUGCCCUUGGUGAUUUUGGAAAUUCGCUUAUGAGUUUGGUUAACGAAGAUGAUCAUGGGAGGAAAUGUCUGCCUGACUUGAUCACCUAUUCAAUCAUUAUUAACAGUUUAUUCAGAGAAGGGAAGCUUGAUGAAGCUAAGAAGAAGUUUGUUGAGAUGAUGAGAAAGAAGUUGUACCCUGAUUCAGUUAUUUACAAUACUAUUUUACAUCAUUUGUGUAAAAGAGGAAAGAUAUCAUCUGCAUUUCAAGUUCUAAAGGACAUGGAGACAAAAGAUUGUAAAAAGAGCUUACGGACUUAUAAUUCUUUGAUACUCGGAUUGGGGGAUAAAAAUCAAAUAUUUGAAAUGUGUGGCCUGAUGGAUGAAAUGAGAGAAAAAGGAAUUUCUCCAAGUGUUUACACUUACAAUAUCAUGAUAGGCUGUUUAUGUAAAUCUGGGAGAACUGAAAAAGCAAUUCCUCUUUUGAAUGAAAUGUUACAGAAAGGAAUUAUUCCUAAUACGAAUACCUUUGAGUUGCUUAUUAAAUCAUAUUGUAGGACUGGUGAGUUCAGACCAGCUCAAGAGGUAUUUGAUAUAGCUUCCACUAUAUGUGGUCACACCGAAGCACUCUACGCACUGAUGUUCAAUGAAUUCCUUGCUGGAGAUGAAAUCGUGGAAGCUAAGCAAUUUCUGGAAACUGCAAUAGAUAAACACUUUGAUCUAGGAAGUUUCCUUUACAAAGAUCUUAUAGACAAGCUGUGUAAGGUGGAGAAUUUAGAAGGUGCUCAUGAUAUUCUCAUCAAGAUGAUGCACAUAGGAUAUGGGUUUGAUCCUGCAUCCUUCAUGCCAGUUAUUGAUGGCUUAAUUAAAUUGGGACAAAAGCAUGUGGCAGAUGAACUAACAGAGAGGAUGCUAGAGAUGGUUUCAGAAGGUAAGGUGGGUAACAAAACUUAUCAAAACUAUAGGGAGUUAAAUCACAUGAAGCGAAGUAAAUAUGGCGGAGAUGGUUGGCAGGCAAUUGUUCACAGAGAUGAUGGAAGUGCAGCAGCCUUGAAAAAUUUGAAGCGGGUGCAGAAAGGGUGGGGUCAAGGAAGUAUAUAGUGUCUAUAAACUCCCAAAAAUGGUUUUCUGGAUGACUAAGAAACUAUUAAUUGGAUGUUCCUUUCUUCGCGAUCAUGGAUUUUGCGUUCAGGGAAUAGGUAGCUAAACAUGAUCCUCUUAAAAGCUAUACAAUGCGUCCAGUUAAAGGAAGCUUAUCUAGUUUCUAAUCAUAAAUGAUUAUUGGGGCUGACAUGGAUACAAGCAAAUGGAGAUCUGUGCCAAUACAGGACAAUGAAUCACUAUUUGCAGUUUAUAAAGCUGACGGAACUGCAGUAGCUGAAACCCCCAAAUUGGGUCUAGAAGUCUGAGCCCACAUUAAUUGUGGAAUAUUGCUCUCUUGAUAACUGGGCCACGUGCUUGUGCCAAUCCAUUAAAAUUGUUUACUUAUGAUGAGCGACUAGGUAACUUGUCAAAGUCUACCAUUGGAGAACCUAUGGAAGAAGCAGAAAAGUGAGAACCCAGACAUGGGAGGAAAAAUCAGCAGUGUUGGAGAGAGGCAGAUAGCUAAUUUAACAUUGUCCCAUUGAGUGCACUACUUUUUAUGUACAAUUAUGAACUAUGUUACUAUGCACCCUCUCCACAAAAUUUGCCCAAGGGUGAUAAUCCAAGUCUCUUUUGUAAGAAAGUAUAAUGGUUUGAAUCUCCUACAAGUUAAAUCGUUAAUAAUUAUUUUUAUUUGGGAAAUAAGAUUCUUUGUGUACUUGUGUUGAA